AUGAAGAUCUUCACCACAGCGCUACUGGCUUUUGCAGUCUCCUUCCUAACUGUCGUCGAAGGUAAACUCUGGGCAUCCUUCCACGGCAUCGGUCGCUAUGUUCUUCGCGACAAAAUCGACGGCUACAUCACGCUCGACUGGCGCCCCACCUAUCUCUCGGGCUUCGCCAUGAGUAAUGGCACCGGUAUAUUCAAUGCCGUCUUUGAUAGCCCCCCUCGCUACCCAGGAUGGCAUGUGUACUGGGAUAAUUCAAUCGACAAUUACCGUAAGGCCCUCAAGGAAAGAAAAGAGGCCGGAUACCGACUUCUCCAAGUCAAUGUCUAUAGCGCUUUCGGUGAGCGUUACUUUACCACUAGAUGGGAGCAGAACUACGACAAUAUCCCAUGGGCAGAACUUACAAAUCAGUCCCGUGAUGAGUUUAUGAAAUCGCUCAAAGAGUACGAGGGCAAGGGCUACAGGCUUAAAAGCCUGAGCGGGUACGGCUUUAAUGGAGAGCAGCAAUUCGCCAGCGUGUGGGAGCAAAAGUCUAGUCUUCCCUGGAGAGCGUAUGCUGGCCUGACUGCUGCCGAGUACCAGGCCAAAUUUAACGAGGCGAGAAAAGAUGGAUAUUACCCGGUGCAAAUCAGCCCAUACAACGUCGGGACUCAGGUCUGGUUUGCUGGAAUUUUCGAGAAGGUUGAUAGCAAGGCUGCUAAGCCGGAAUGUCAAUGGGCAUUGACCUCCGACCAAUAUGUGAAGGUGUUUAAUGAUUGGAGGAGCAAAGGGUACAUGCCAACUGUGGUGGAAGGUUACCUUAACGGAGGGGAGAGAUACGCUGCCAUCUUCAACAAGAUUACUGAAACUCAAGUCUCGAACUAG